CGCGUGUCGCGUCCCCGUGCAUGCAUGCGUGCGGGUGUGCGUGCGUCUCUCUCUCUCUUUUUAAGUGUAUACCGCGAUUUUGAUCGGAGUCUCGUUGGUGGUGCCGUAUUCGUCUGUAACAUCUUCGAGAGAUUAUCGAUAAUAAAUAACAAUAAGAAAGAGCUGGUGUUCUUCUCGGGGUCCUUUAUCGUGUCGACGUCUUUUAAAGCACGUUCCGUGGUAUAUAUCACGACUAUUGGCGGCCGGCAGUGGCCGAGGUCGUCGGCUCGCGGCUCCGGUGCGUGAACGCGCGUGCAUGUGGUACUAGUAUCGCGACACGGUGCUUUUCACGAUAAUCCAAAUGUUGUCGUCGGAUGCGACUUUGGAUCGUCGUUCUCAUAACGAACGUGGACCUUUUCGUACUCGUCGACGUAGUAGCGAGUUGAUCGUCGUCGCUUGACAACGCGGUAAGAAAGGAAGAAGAAGAUCUUUGUGAGAAAAAAGUCGAAGAAAACGACGACAACGAAGAAGACGAAGAAGAAGAAGAAGAAGAAGAAGAAGAAGAAGAAGAAAAAGAAAAAGAAGAAGAAGAAGAAGGUGAACGUUCGACGAGAAAAUAAGAAAGAAAAAGAGAAGGAAGGAGUCUCGUUGGCGAAUUAAUCGCAUCUCUUAUUCACGUUCGGUUAAUAUAUAUAUAUAUAUACACGCACACACACAUAUAUAUAUACAUCUCAUUCUCUCUCUCUCUCUCUCUUUCUCCGGCAAGUCUAAGCGAGCCGCGCGCGCGUCGCGGUGCCAUUUUGGCAAAAUGAAAAUAAUAACGGUUAGGAGGCAGAACGCAGGGUGUGCAUCACCGGCAUCGCUUAUUCUCUUCCUCCUCCUCGGGAUUUUAUUCGGCGGUUGCGUCGACGCCGUUCUAUCGCGUUUACCGCGUUCUCUCGACCGUUCGAAAAACGAGACCGAUUGCGAACAAGUCGCAGCCUUCUUCGAGAACGAGAACAAUGUCGUAGCGAGGUUGAUAACUACGAGGCCGGAAUCUGGGACCACGUCUCCUAUAUCUAAGACGAUAUGUGACGCCCCAUGCUGUGGACACGAAGUCGAGGAUCAUUUGAGACACAAAGCCGGAAGGGAUUUUCACAAUUUGAUUCAUCAUCACAGCAGGAGUCUUCAGGGACUUCUUGCGACGACUGCUGAUGCAUUGAGAGAAACCGUAACGACAUUGGCGAAGCAGUCGGAGAACAAGACCCUGACCCUCUUCGAUCAAGUAUACCGAUCGAUGGCAGCUCAGAGUAAACCAUCGAUCAGAGCACUGUACCAAGCUAUGAUAGACUACGUGUCACCUAGUAACACGCCAGACAGUUUGCAACAGCCAUUGACGCGGGAGCUUCUUCACGAACGUUUCCUCGAGUUUUUCUCACGAUUGUUCCCGGUUGCUUAUCAUCACGCAGUUAAUCCAGGAAAGGACGAUUUCACGGAUAAAUUCAAAUCUUGCCUCUACGAAACGAUCGACGAGGUUCAACCGUUCGGUGACGUACCAAAACAAAUUUCAAGGGUCGUAGGAAAGAGUCUCGAGGCUACGAGAGUUCUUAUCCAGGCGUUGACGCUCGGCAAAACCGUCUUAGAUAGAACCGACAGCGCUUUAUUUUCUGGCACCAGUCCACAACAAGAAUCAUGCUACAACGCCCUACUUAGGAUGACCUAUUGUCCACGUUGCAACGGAAUCGGUGCUACUAUAAGACCUUGCAGUGGAUUCUGCACGAACGUUAUGAGAGGAUGCCUGACGGAGUCGGCAUCAGAGUUGGAUCUUGCGUGGUCUGGUUACGUGGAAACGGUCGAGAGGCUCGUCGUAGCGGUCGACGGUCGUAACGAUCCUUUGGGUCUGAAUGCCGAGAGGGCCGUCAGACAAUUGGACACCCGCAUUUCGGACGCCAUUAUGCACGCGAUGGGGAACAGCCGAGCUCUCGAGGAGAAGGUACGGAAAUUGUGCGGUCGUUCGGACGUCGAAUCGCCAUCGUCUGAAAUCAGUGGAAUAACCGAAGAUACGGUUGAAAGGUCAUCGGAGGCCAGUCUUGAGAUGCAUGCAGCUGCACCGCCACCGUCAUCGUCAUCUACCACGCACAGAACACUUCCCACCAAGUUGCACACCCAAUUGGGAAAUUUCUUGGCCAGCGUGGCCAGGUCUCGCACCUUCUAUGGCACCCUAGCUGAUACUAUAUGCGAGGAACAUCCCGAUAAACAUUGCUGGAACGGUGAACGAGUUGGAGAAUACUCGAAGACCGUGGUCGAUUCCAGUCUAAGUGCACAGAGGUACAAUCCGGAAUUCACGGUGACAACGGCUUCGUCAACGGCUUCCUACGGCAAUACGAACACCAGCGUACUCAUUGACCAAUUGAGGCACAUUAAUCAGAUAGUGCAGUCGCAAUUGGCAUUGGCACCAGAUGGAGGAACUCCGCUUGCCGAAGAAGCUCAUGAUGGUUCCGGAAGCGGAGACAGACCUGGUUGGAGAAACAAGGGUGAUACAAUGGAUACCGAUGACGAGGAUUCAACGGAUGACGAUCGAGAGGACGAAGAGAUCUCUGGAUCGGGAAUGGGACCACCUGCUGCGCCAGAUCCAUCGGUGAAGACCAAUCGAGAAUUCCGCCCAACAUUAGCCUCAUCGAGCAUGCUGAUGCCAUCGUUGUCGUUGAUUCUCGCGCUCGGCAUGUUAGUCGCCUAAAAAAAAAGAAAGAAAAAUGAAAAAGAAAAAAAAAGAAAAAAAAUCACAAAAAAAUGAAAAAGAAAAAAAUGAUUUCCUGUUUUCGAAAGAAGAAGACGAAGCUCCCAUAUUAUUGGUGCGUCGACGAAACGAUUUUCUCUUCUCCAUCCUCGAGACAGUGAAAUCGGUUGAGGAGAGAACGCAAAAGAGACGCCAUGUUGUGUAACGCGAUUCUUUCUUUCUCUGUAUAUAAGAAUAUAUAUAUAUAUAUAUAUAUAUAUGUAUGUAUGUAUGUAUGUAUGUAUGUAUGUAUAUGUAGAGAGAGAGAGAAAAAUAUAUAUAUAUUUUUUUUUCUUUUCGUCCUGGACAAGAAAUUAGAAUGGACGAGAGAGAUUAGUGACUAUUAGAAAAUGGACGCCAUCUUUUUCGAUGAUAUCUUCGAUAAAAGCGUGUCGAGGGGAAACGAACGAAUGGAAAAAAAAAAGAAAAAGUGUCAUCGGUCGGUAUCGUAACUCGGGUCUCGAGGGGAGAAUAAAUAAAAAAAAAAAGAAUUGAGAAAAUAAAUAAAUAAAUAAAUAAAAAGAUAAGAAGAAGGGGAGGAAGAUGAAGAAUAAGAAGAAAAAACGAAACAAUACGAAACGAAAAAGGAAACGAAAUGAAAUGAAUGUGUAACGAAAUGUAAUGAAAUGAAAUGAGAUGAAAUGAAAUGAAACGAAACGAUAUGUUAAGAAAAGAAAUCGGUCGAGUUAGCGGCAUUACUAAGCACGUAUGUAUUUAGAAAAUUUAGUUGGCGAGCGGUCGCGAGGACGUAGCGUUUGAAACUUUGCCAGAUGCAAAGCCAGACUAUACGACGACACGUAGAAAUCGUACGACGAGUUGCCGAAACGAGAAGUAACGAGGAAAACCAUCCGAUAAAACCAUCAGAAAGUCACCGUCGGAGAGAACGCAUUCUUGCGCGCGCGCGCAUGAGAGAGAGAGAAAGAAAAGGGAGAGAGAGAGAGAGAGAGAGAGAGAAAAUAUAUGGGUUGAAAAGAAAAACGAUAUUUGGAAGAACGUUACUCCUUUCUCACCACUUCUCUCGAGAAUAUUUCAAACUUUUCCAACGAUUUAUCGCUUUAUUCCCUUUUAUUCUUGGACAAAAUAUUCUUUCCCUACAUUUACGCGAUAUAAUCAAAGCCAACACGUCGCUUAAACUAAAUCUAGCUAAAUAUUUCUUUUCUGUUUUUUCUUUUUUAGUUGGUUUUGUUUUUUAUUUUCUUUUGUUUUGUUAAUGUUGUUGUUGUCUUUUUGAUCUUAAACAUAUUUUACUAAAUUUUUUGUUACGACAAUGUUGAUCAUUAAAUUUCUCUUUUCUUACUUUUUUCCUAUAUAUAUGUAUAUAUAUAUAUCGAAUAUGAAUACAUAUAUUUUUUACCAUCUCUCCAGAUCGAUAAGUCAUUUAUAAUGUACGUAUACGAUAUAUAAUGUAUAUGAUAUAUAAGGACUUCUUUUUAUAUAUGUCCAACUUAAAUCUUCUCGCAAGACUAAUGGGUUAUUUAAAAUGUAUUCUUUCUAUUUCUAAUCCUAAAUUUUUAUAUAUAUAUAUAUACCAGAUUUAAAUCCAUACUUUCUUUUUCUUUUUUCAUUCUUUUUUCUUCAGCGAUCUCUCUUCGCAAGACUAAUAGGUCAUUUAAAAUGAUGACUAUUUACGGUGAGCGUAAUCGAUUCGUCGUGGUUUUCCUCGUUUAAAGCUCGUCCCUCGUUCCGACGAACGCAUUUCAUUCAUUCCGUUGCUCGUCGUAAAUUAGAAGAAAAAAAGAAAAAAGAAAGAGGGAAAGAAAUAAGGAAGGAAGGAAGCAAGGAAAGAAGGAAGAUGAGUCGUCGCUCGCUCGUGACGAAGUCGUCGUGAUCGAUCGAUCGAUCGUGCGAAAAAAGAUCCCCAGAUCAUCGACGACGUUCGUUGGUGUGAUAUCGCGUAUGCCAUAUACAUAUACACACGUGUCGAAUAUUAUAAUAAUUGUAACUAACGAAUACACAUAUACGAACGAUAGGAAGAAAGAAAGAAAGAAAGAAAAAAAUGAAGAGAGAAAGAGAUGGAAAAAGCUGAAACACCGAAUGUCGCGUUAAAUAAUUAAUUAAUUAAUUAAUUAGUUAAUUAGUUAAUUAAUUAGAGAAAUAAUGAAUAAAUAAAAAACUAGCUUCGUUCAUUCGCGAUAAACAUUUCGGAGAACGAGUCGAAUCGACAUUUUCAUGUAUAGUUACAUAUAUUAUGUAAACAUACAUUAUAUAGGUAUUGUAUAAUAUAAUAUAAUAUUGUCAUUUCUACUCCUCGUGUAUUGAUUAUUCGCGAUAAAAUAUAAUAGAAAUUUCACAUUUUUUUGCCAAUUGGUACGCCUUCUUAUAUGGGUAUUCCUCGCAUCAUCUAAUUCAAAAUCUAUUUGGAAACGUAAACGACAUGGGGAAAAACGUAUUUUACAUGGAGAAGUUCCUAAAUUUGUUGAAAACGUUCUAAUGAGAUAUUAUCGAAAGUAUCAGAAAGGAAAAAUAGUUAUCGGCGAAUUUCGCCUCUCAGCGAGAAAAAUAAUAAUAAUAAUAAUAAUAAUAAUAAUAAUUAAUAAUAAUAAUAAUAUAAUAAUAAUUAAUAAUAAUAAUAAUAAUAGUAAUAAUAAUAAUAAUGAUAAUGAUAUAUUAUUAAUAUUAAUAAUAGUAAUUAUAAUUAUAAUAACAAAAAUAAUAAUACAUAUAAUGAUUUCUACUCGUAUUAUACGUGCUAUCGAAAUACAGUAUCGUUAAAGUUUUCAAACUCAAGAUCACCGUACUAACGAACAUAAUUACGAUUUUCUUUUGAUCGUUAAUAAAUAUCUAUAAUAGUCGUUAAAUAAACGCUAUUGAAAUUCUUCGCUGUAAAAUCGUUACGUCGAACCUUACGUACGACGAGCCUUCGACGUGAGAGGAUGAAAUUUUCUAAACGCUGAAAAGGAAAAAAGUAAAAAAAAAAAGAAGAAAAUAAAGAAAAUAAAAAGGCAAAAAUAAAAUAAAAGAAAUAAAUAAAGAAUUAAAUAAAUAAAAAAACGAAUCCGAAGACUUUGAAAACGUGUGAAAGUAUUAACGUUUAAGAAAGGACCAUCCAAAGGAGUAUACGAGAGGAAAUUAAAAAGGGGUAAAAAAGAAAAACCAAACAAAAAACAAUAAGAACGAAGCAGAGGCAUUUGAAAGGGGAAGAAAAGUUAUUAGUAAAUAAAUAAAUAAAUAAACAACUAAAAUAAAUAAAUAAAUAAAAAACAAACCGAUUGUGUACUUAACGAAUGUCGUAUCGCGACAUUCGUUGCAUCGUUAAAAUACAUUCGAAAAUACGUGUUAUUAUUAUUAUUAUUAUAUGCGCAUAUUCGAAUGAUUCUACAAAUAAGAGAUGCCGAUACGAUGAUAUACAAAAAUAAAUAACGUCUUUUAUUAAGUAAAUACGAUUUGUCGUGACGCUACCCUUUAUACCUACGAGUAUACUCACAAGACUGAAUAUAUAUCCCAUGGUACAGAAGAGAAAGACAGAGACAGACAGAGAGAGAAAGAGAAAAAGAAAAAAAGAGAGAAAGGAAAUACAUAAUUUCAGUCGUCGCGAUAAAAUCAAGGCAGACAGACAAACAGACAAACGGGCAUAGAAACAUACAGGAGGAGAAAGAGAAAGAGAAAGAGAGAGACAGAGGAAAUUUUCUACACGCUAAACUUACCGUCAACCGAGCUUUCCACGAACGAAAUCAUGAAUUCUUUUACGAGAGGACGAAAGAGAAAGAGAAAGAGAGAGAGUCGGAGGGAUGGAUACAAACAAAAAAUAAAGACAAAAAAAAUAGGAGAGAAAGAAAACAUGGGUAAAAAAUCAAGACAGAGAACACAGAUGAAAAUGACAAAAAAAAAAGGAAUAAUUAAGAAAAGAACGAGGAAGAGUCUGUAUAUAGUGAACGCGUGCUAUAUUUAUACACUAUACAUUAUACGCUAUAUAUAUAUAUAUGAAUAAAUAAAUAAAUAAAUAAAUAAAUAAAUGUAUACUUCGAUCUGAACUUUAAGGAAACGAUACGAGCAGCUAUAGAAAAAUUAUUGACAAAUUCAUCCGAUCGUUAUUAAAUCGUAAUAUCUGACGGAAAGACGAAAGAAAUGGAAAAUAAAAGAUAGAGAGAGAGAGAGAGAAAUAGGAGAUGACAGAUAGGAAGAAAAAAGAGGGAAAAUGGUAUUAAUAUGUGAGAGUGAAAGAGAGAGAGAGAGAGAAAGAACAAACGCGUAGGCGCUAAGUAAUAUUAACCCCUUCACGCUCGGAUGGCGCCACGCAGGAAGCAAACGAUUUUGCUCAUCAAGCCUUGGAAAUCCGGACAUUGCUACUUUAUCGUGUUUAAAGAUUAACGCUGCGAUUAAAGGAACUUUGUUGACGUGUAUUUCAGUUUGUAUUUUUGUUUUCAUCGAUCAGAAGUAAGAAGAAAAUAAUAAACAAAUCGAGACGACCGAAUAAACGGUCUGAAGUUGAAAGGGUUGAUGAGACGAAUACGUUUGUUUUUUCUUUUUUUUUUUUUCUUUUUUCCAAUCAAUUAUGAAUCAAUUCGUCGAUUUUUUUCAGAUCGAUUCAUACUUGCAGUUGCAUUGAAACAGUUGAGAUAAAUAUUAAUACACGAACAAGAAAUUGAUGGGACGUUAAGUAUAAUGGAAUUAGAAAAAAGAAAAAAUAUAUUAACGAAUGUUUGGAAGACGAGGAACACGAAACUCGCUUUGUAAUAAGAAUAACAAAAAUAUUUCUGGAUCGUUUUUUCAUAUUUAUUUAUUUAUUUAUUUAUUUAUUAUUAUUAUUAUCUUUUUUUUUUUUUUUUUGAUAGAGAUAAAAAUACCUAUCUUCGUCCUAUUAGUUCUCACUUUUGAUAAAAAUAAUAUCAGAAAAUAAAAGAUCAAAAGAAAAAGAAAAAAAGGAAGAAUUGUAUCGACAGACAUUUGCAAAGAAUCUAAGCGAAAAAAGUUUCUUGCCGAAAUAGAAAUUUUUUCUGAAUGAAAGUAACAUUUUCGAAAGUUUUAGAAUUCCUCGUAAAAAAGAAAAAAAAGAAAAGAAAUAAAAAGAGAAGAAUGAAAAAAAACUUUCGCUAUUGCGAAUGAACGAUCGAUCCCGUCAAUCGAAUACACGAAGAUACGUAAUAUAACUUAAAUAAAAAAACUUUUAUAAUAAAAAUGAAAUAAAUAAAAAGCAGAAAGAAACAAAAGGACGAAACAAAGAGGCCAAUGAUUGGUUAAACAACGAACGACAACGACGAAGACAACAACGAAGACGAGUCGUUUCGUUUACGUUGACCUAUGGCUCCACACGUUUUAAAAUCGAGAGAGCAAGAUUGAAAAGUUCGCGCUAUAUAAUGUAUCACAUGAUAAAAAGUUUCGAGCUCCUCCGACGUAUAAUAUUUUUUUGCGUGAGUAAAUGUAUGUGCGUGUAGUUGCACGUGUGUGCAUAUUCAUGCACGUGAGCGUGCGUGUAUCUGCACAGUGCGUGCGCUGUGUGCGUCGUAUUGCGUGCGAGUUUUUUUUUCUGUCCAAGGUUCGGCAAUCGUGAUCGACAAUCGUGAUCGACAUAAUUACGGGAGCGGAAAAAGAUCGAUCGUUUCGAUUGGACGGACGUCUCGCUCGUUCGGCCUUGAGAUGGUCCAUUGGCUCGUGAAGAAAAAAAGGGAACACAAAAAAAGAAAGACAGAAGAUAAAAGGAACAAAAUAACACUUCGACCGUUGUCAUCGAUGAUUUCGACUUUUUUUUUAUUUUUUUAUUUUUUUUUUUUUUCAUUUUAUUUGAUUUCUGCGUUGUUUUAUUUCUUUCUUCUUUUUAUUUUUGGUUUGCAAGAUCGAUCCUUCUUCAUUCCUUUUAAUUUUCUCUCUCUCUCUUUCUCUUUUAGUCCAACAUCCCUCAAAAAUUUGAUAAAGAUCGCAUGAAUUUAUUUGCGGAAUAUGAUUGCAUAUUAUUUAACGAGUAAUUAUUGUUAAAAGAGAAGAACGCAUUUUUUGCGUUCAAUUACGAUUCCUCGGAAAAAAAAGAAAUUGACAGAUUUCAACCCGUAAGAAAGAAGGCUUGCUAAUUUAUUGAAAUUUCGCAUAUGUGAGUGUAUGUUUGCGUGAUAUAUUUGAGGACUGAGACUUGAUAUACGAUAUAUAUUAUUGUCAGGAAUAAUUUCAGUAAAAGAAAAGAAAAAAAAGAACAGAACGUAAUAAUAAUAAUAAUAAAAUAAAAACGAAGUAAAACAGAAUGUACGUUUAAAUAUCGUACAUGUUAAUGCAUACGUAUUCGUAUGUGUGUAUAUAUACAUGUAUAGUAUAUGUAUAUAUACAAAUAUAUAUAUAUAUAUAUAUAUAUAUAUAUAUAUAUAUAUAUAUAUAGAUUGGAACAAAAAUUUGUAGGUAAUUUUUUAAAAUCAGUUAGUUUUCUUCUUCGACUUUUUAAGCUAAUUCUGUUAUUUUUUGUGAUUGUAAAAUUACAAAUCUAAAAAGCUUGUGGUCAAUUUAAAAACUUUUGGUCCAACCUGUAUAUAAAUAGACAUAUUUCUCGAUGCCCAGAUGUCUAAUUAGAGAAAAAUAUAAAGAUUAAUCUUCUCGCUUCGUCGUUUUAAACGACUUCUUCUCCGAACUAGAAAAUCACCGAUGAACGACGUCAUUUAUUUUAAAAGUAUAAUAUUUUUAAUGGGGAGUAGCACGAUACGCCUCGAUUUCGCCUACGAUUAUUACUUCUUUACGUCCGUUUCCUUUUUUAAUCUUUUUAUUUUUGUAUCUGUUUCUUUUUCUUUUUCUUUUUCUUUUUUUUUUGAAUUCUCCAUGAUUUUAUACGUUUUCAAAUUUACGUUUUCAAAUUUCAUAAUUCUGCAAAAAGUAAUUCGUUUCAUGUACCCCGAUUAUGUUAAAAACAAAUCGUUAUUAUAAAAUAUGUAUUUAAAAAUUACGAAAAAAUUGAUCGAAGUUAAGCAAACGUUAUAUCCAACAUAAUAAAUGUUAUGUAUAAUAACGAUUCUCACGAAAAAUUUGAUACUUUAAUAAUUACAUAAAUUACAUGUGCAUUGUGGAUGUACGAACACGAAUAUACUCGUGACAGAAUCUCUCUCUCUCUCUCUCUCUCUCUCUCUCUCUCUCUCUCUCUCUCUCUCUUUCUCUCAACAAUGUGUCAAUACUAACUAUAACGUAAAUAAUUUUUUUUAUUCUCGUUCACCUUCGCAAUUUAUUGUAAAAUUCACAAUAAUGUUUCUUUCCAAUUAAGAUUCUUUUCUAUUUCUUUACUAUUUUUUUCACAUUUUUCUAACAUCUUCCGAUCAAGUAAAAAUAUAAAAAUAGUUAAUUUUUAUUAUUUUUAAUGUUCCAAAUGAGUUCCAAUGACAGAAAUGAUACGCACAAGAUAAUUAUGUAAUUAUAUUCGUCAAAUUUCAAACGAAACACUAUAAAUCGAACAUUUAACAUUACAAAGCGUUGGACAUAUCGAAAAAGAUAUAGUCGUAAGAACAAUUCGAAGCUUUAUCAAGCGUUUGGCUGUCUAUCUGUGAUUGAUUAAAAGAAUUACGAAAAAGAAUUAAACAAAAAAAAAGAAGAAAAAAAAGAAAGAAAAAAAGAAAAAAAUGCUAUAUAGACAAAAAGAAAAAGCAUAUUUUUUGUUUCUCUUUUUGCUUACGAGGUGCUUUAUUAGAUGUACUACUAUCUAUAGAAUAAAAAAAUAUUUGUUUUCUUUUUUAUCAUUUUUUUUUCGCUGCGAUAAAAGGCAAAACAAAGAUUUAUUAUUAUUUUUAUUCUUAUUAUUAUUAUUAUUAUUAUUAUUGUUGUUGUUGUUGUUAUUAUUAUUAUUAUUAUUAUUAGCAAAAUUAUUAGAUUAAAUUAGGAAAGAAUGUUCGAAAGCCAAGAAACGCCAAUCGCCAUUUUGACUGUGAUCCUCGGCGGCGUAUCGUGUCACGUGAUACCUAUCAUUGAUAUAAAAAAGACGAAAACGAAAUCGACAAAAAUAAUUAAAAGAACAAAUAAUAAUAAUAAAAAGAAUUCGAGAACAGAACGAAGCCCUUUUAAGUGUUACGAUGUUUCAGUUUUUUCUUCUUUCUUCUCGUAGGCGCCUUAACGAUAACGCAGGACAUGAUUGAGAAAAAAAAGCAAAAAACAAAAAAAAACAA